UGUUCUACAUGUGCAACUCAGCUGCUGUGUGUGAACACAGAGAUGCUCUCAGUGAGGGAACUGAUGCGGGGACAGGACAGAAGUGUUGCAGGUCAAUUGGAGCCAGUUCUAGUGUGACAGGAACAGGAAGCGGUGAAGAGAAUCAGAUACCUGGUAAAACAUGAGGCUUGUCUGUUCCUCUCUCUCGACACUGUCUGUGAAUGAGCUCAGCUGUUCCCUAGUUAAUUCAUCAGGUUUUGCCAUGUAUUUAAUCUAACUCUGGAGGGAGGAACUCUAGCCUUGUAUUCUUUUUGGCAUUUAUUGGAUUGCUUGGAGGAGACAUGACACAAAACUGUCGUGGCACUGUUAAUGGUACCACAAAAAAGGGAGAAGAACUUAAAAUUGUCAUAGUGGGAGAUGGAGGCUGUGGGAAAACUUCUCUUCUGAUGGUUUAUGCCAAGGGAGAUUUUCCAGAGAAUUAUGCCCCAUCAGUGUUUGAAAAAUAUGUCAACACUAUCUGUCAUGGAGGGAAAGAGAUCAAGCUCAACCUGUAUGAUACUGCAGGACAAGAUGACUAUGACCGGUUAAGGCCUCUCUCCUACCAGGAAGCCAAUCUGGUUUUAAUCUGUUAUGAUGUGACCAAUCCCACCAGUUUUGAGAAUGUCUCAAUAAAGUGGUUCCCAGAGGUGAAGCAUUUCUGUCGGGAUGUCCCAAUCAUCCUGAUUGGCUGCAAGACCGAUCUCAGGAAGGAUAAAGAGUGCACAAGGAAACUCAAGGCCAUGAAUCUGGCCCCCAUCACUUACACACAGGGUGAGGAGACCCGGCAACAGAUGAAUGCUGAGCUGUAUCUAGAGUGUUCAGCCAAGUAUCAGGAGAACGUGGAAGACAUUUUCAGAGAGGCCACAAAGAAAGCCUUGGCAGCCAACCGUAGACAAAAACACUGCAAGAGGAAAAGGAACUGCGUCGUGCUGUGAAGUCAAAAGUCAACAAGGACAGAAGCCUGACAUUCCCACUCGUACUCAUUUAAGGCGAGUUCCACCUGGAGAUUUAAUUUUGCAACAGAUUGGAACACUGAGAGAAUGAAGUUCCUCUGGAUGCCGGAAUCAGAGACAAGAGCCGCACAUGCACAGGUUCACAAAGCACUCUGAUCAGUCCUCAUGAUGUUGUUUUUUCGAGGCCCUGAAUCAUCACAUCUCUUCUCUGCUUCACAGUCACAACAGGGGUGAUGCUGGUGACAGGGAAGACCUGGACAAUUAUACAUGAACAAUGAACAGCUGAUGUUGCAGCAGCGAGCUUCUGUACCUCUCAAGUAUAGUCUUAUCAAAAGAAAAUUAUUCUUAUAAUUUUAAUAUAGGAUAUUUUACAUCCAAGUAGUAUUUUU